AUGAGGGCGCAUCUAGCCCGCCAUGUCUAUCGACGUGCCCUGGUCGCCAGAGGCUGCACACCCGCGAGCGCCCUACUGCUUGCACCAUCGUCGUGUCGUUCCUAUCCGAUAGUCGCUCCUCCAACCCGGCGAACAACCCGGCGAACCUUCUUCGGCAUCUUUCAGAAAGCCCCAAGACAGAUCAAAAAGCCAGAGUACGAGCCAGGAUGGACAGUCAUCCUAACGUGGAGGAAUCGGUUGCUCGACAAUGUACGCCCACCUACACGCAAAGAGCUGGUCGAUGCCUUUAGAGAGCUUUUCACCUACAAGCAGCGGUUCCAUGUCACAGUCAACAGCACCCAAGCCCGACACUGCCGGAACCUGUUGAAAUACCUGAUCGAGAAUAAAGAUGACGAACCCGGCGAGGGCUUGUCACUGCUGGAGUUGACGGCUGCUCGCGAUGCACUGCUUAAGGUUCCGAAGGAGGACACGUCCGAACAUUUAGAGUUCUGCAAAGCACUCUAUGCCGAGAUUACAAAAGAGAGGGAGCUGGAAUACGAGUACGAAGACACCCGGCCAAUAGAGCUUGAAGAGGCAAAGCCGGCUGUGGAAGACCUGAAGGCAUACAUGUGGGCACUGACAACCUACGGCGCAUCCAAACAGGCGCAUCUCGAGCUACGAACGCACUGGGCACAGCUUCGGGCAGCAGGCCAGUCAACGCGGGAUGCUAAAACCUUGUGGAUCUACGUGUUCCGCGGCCUGGCAGCGGAAGGACGUGAAAAGGAACUACUCGAGGCCGCAGCAGAAGCCGAAAAGGGAGGUAUGGAGUAUACUCCAAGGUUUCAGGAAGCCAUGACUACAUUCUUCGCGACAAGAGACCGGAUCAAGGAGACUAAGAAGUGGUUCUCCAAACCCAUAACUGGUAACAAACAGCCCAGGCACGAGACAUAUAGAGAGAUACUCAACUUCUCCAUCCGAAACAGUCAACAUGCCUGGUGCGACCCGAUCUUUCAACAGCUCGUUGACUCGAAUCCGAGCAAAGAGCACUGGGACGUGGUGUAUCAAUGGGCGGUCCUGUCAAUGUCGAAGGGACUGGAUGAUUUGCGGAGCAUGUUUGACGUAGUCGCGAAACACAAUCCGGAUGACCCGUCUAUUUUGCCCGAUGUCCAUACGAUCAACGGCCUGAUUGAAGCAGCAUCCGAAAAGAACGACCCUUACCUAGCCGACAGACUGCUUGCGUUUUCCAGCGAAUACGGCAUCAAGCCAAAUGCCAUGACAUUCGUACUACAAAUCGAGUCUCGCAUCAAGGCCAAGGACUUAGCCGCUGCAAGGGAAGCGUACAAGCAACUAGCGAGGACAGAGCUGGAAGGCGAAGAGGAUCUUCCAGUAGUGAACCGAUACCUACAGGCUCUGUGCGACUUGCCUCAGCCAGAUCUGAAGGCUAUUCGAGAGAUAUUGGAUGUCCUGGAGCAGCGCAUUGUCACACUGGACCCCGACACCGUCGUUGCUCUGUGUACUGUCUAUCUCAAAUAUGACCAACAGAUGGACAUUAUCGACACCCUCUCUCUCAACAUCUUCCAGCACAGCACAGACCAGAGGAAGUCUGUACGAGACGCAUUUGUUUCGUAUUGUCUGGAUCGCAAGAACAGUACAGCUAGGGUAUGGGAUGCGUACUCAAUACUGCGACAGUUUUUCCUGGAGACCAGCGUCGAAGAUCGUCUCAAGCUUAUGCAGGCUUUCUUUGACCGCAAGCGUCCCGACAUGGCUGUGCACACCUUCGGUCACAUGAGGCAACACGUGAACCGAUCUUUUCAUCCCUCAACAGAGGCGUACAUUCAGUGCUUCGAAGGCCUAGGGGCGUGCGCCGACUCGGACUCGGAGGAACACGUCAGUUUGGUCCACAAUAUGCUCAAGAUGGACCUUGGUAUGCAGCCCACAACGAAGUUGUACAAUGCCCUUAUGCUCGCUUAUGCAGCCUGUGGGCGGCCGUCACGGGCUUUGGAUUUUUGGAACGACAUCAUUCGCUCCGUCGAGGGGCCAUCAUACAACAGUCUGGAAAUUGUCUUCUCGGUCUGCGAAAGAUUGCCCUAUGGCGAUCAGACCGCAAAGAAGAUAUGGAAGAAGAUGGAGGCACAGGAGGUAGACGUGCCGCCAUCCGUCUUUGCAGCUUACUUAGGCGGCAUUGCCGGUAACGGCAAUGUGACCGCGGUGCAAGAGGCGAUCAAAACAAUGCAACAGACUGUUGGAUAUGGUCCGGAUCUCCUCAUACUAGGCGUGGCAUACAACGCGCUGCCAGGCCAGGCGUUGCAGCGCAAGUUCGCGGAGUGGGCGAAUGAGACACAACCCAAGGUGUGGGCGGAAGUGAAGAAGAAGCGUUACCAACGUGCCGCCAACGGUGUGACCAAGUACAAGCUACCACGUGUGCUGAGAGCAUGA